UGAGGGGUUAAGAAAAGAGUGAGACGCAAAAGAAAGAAGAACCGUUGGAGAAGAAACCCUAUAUUUUCUGUAAUGCUGUUUGUGAGACCCGUCCUUACGCAGUAUUAUCGCCGAGGAAGAUCACUUGGUCGUCGUGAUUUCUCUUCGCAGCGUAGUUUUUAUAAUAAUGUUGACGUUGUCACGGAGUCGGGAAUCAGUGUGAUUGAGAAUAUGUUUAACACCUCUCUCGCACUGGGUCUUGGAACUGGUCUGGGUUAUCUGAUCAUGGGCUACAAUAAUUCAUCAGAAUAUGCUCAGGAAGUCGAAGAGAACUGGGAGAGAAGGAAGCUAGAGCUACAGAAGUUUGAAGCAAACUUGGAGCGCUUGCAAAGAAAAUAUGGAGUUAAACGAGAUGUUUGAUAAUUUUAAACUACUUUGUUAUCGUUGACCAAAAAAAAAACUACUUUGUUACCGUAUAUAGUCAUUAAUUAAAUUUUAGA